AUGCGGGGUCUCCUCAUUUGCGUUGUACUGGCUAUUGGCGUCGCCACGGCGUCUGAUCUACGUGCCAUGUCUUCGAAGCGCUUUCUUCUUCACAAUGGACAAGGUCUAACCUCGUCCCAGGAGAGUCAAAUCAAAAACGGCUUCGAUUCAGCCAAAUGCAUUGCAGAUAAAAUCGACAAAGCGGAUUUUGGAGGUGUUGUAGGUGCUUUAGUAGGCAAAUUCAGCUCUUUUCUUGGCGUUUUGGGUCCAUUUGUAGGACUUGGCCUCAGUUUCUUUGGUGCGGAGUCCCCUGAAUUAUCACUGCUUAAACAUUUGUUCACAGAGGUUGAAAACAGGUUUGAUCAUAUAGAUGUACAAUUUGCACAGCUUCGUCGGCAGGUCGCGUUUGUUGCAACGCAGGUACACUUCACAGAUUUGGAAUCAAACAUCAAUGCCGUGCACUCCGAGUUCAUCACCUUGACCAAAGUUACCAAUUCGGCAGGCUACAAAUACGAGGCAGGUGAGUUCAAAGACACUUACGAUCGCACCUACGAAUCAUCUGGCAUAAAACUCUAUCAAGGGAUUAUUCAUGGUGGCUUGACAACUGGAGGAAUCUUUCAAGAAUUCAUGGCCCACAGCCGCAAUGACAGGAGAGCAACCCAGAAAUUUAUGCUUGGCACAUUGAACCUCUUGAUGAGAGCUGCUGCAUUGGAAAUGACGUAUGCCGAAAUCAACAAUGAUCCAAACCACGCUCUUAAGCAAAGCGCUUGGACAGAUCGCUUCACACGAGUUAAAAAUAAAAUGUUGGCGAUUGAUAAUGAGAUUCCAACACAUUAUCAUACACAGAUGACCAGUGACGUCAACGACUUCGCAUCAACUCACCCGAAAGGCGGACUGAGCAAUACGGACUUCUCUUCUCAACUGUACAGCAUGCUUACGAACAAGUUCUACUGGCGUGAUUGGUUGGUGAUUGUCGCAGAGACCUAUGGCACAGACAAGCUCAUCAACCACGCAUGUGAAUACAACCAGCACGAUAACCACGGACGUUCCAUUGUCAUUGCCAGCGUUGACAAGUCAAAGAAAGCCAUGGACAUGCACGCUGCCGCCACUGCUGCUCAUGGGUUGCAUUUAUACAGAACUUGGAUUGGACGACCUGACCUUCAACAUCACUACGCCUGUGUCAAUGCUGCGGACGGAUAUAACGGGCUACCAGAUUCUGCACGCAACCACUGCACCACGUACGCCGCUGCUGGGGUCUACUGCACACACAACACGGACAUCCACUUACACGCUCCAGCUGCGAGGUUAUACUCGUAUACUGCGCACGCUUCUAACCGUGUUUACUUGUUCGGUUAA